AUGUCUUCUCUUUUGUUUCUUCUGAUUGUUGUGCUAGGAGAUCACUUGUGGGUUGUGGCUAAUACCAUUUCCUUCAGUGGAUGCGAUGAUGAUCAGACCUCAGCUGAUACAUCUGCUUUAUCAAAAAUCACUUCAACAGGUGCCAUGACCUUUUGUUUUAUUCAAGCAAUUGAGCGAGGGCAUGGGACUACGUAUGGUAGCAUAUUGAGUGCUAUGCGUACUGCAAUUCGAGAUGCCGGAGGCUCAGGGCCGGACCUCGGAGGUGGUGGUGUUACAUCUCUUCUCACGAUGCUUGUCUCAGGAGGCAGUCUCAGUUCUGGUGGGUUUAGACAGGAGCCGCAGCUGACUGCCUGCGAACCAUUUGACGUGUAUGCAAAGCCAUUUUCCUUGUGA